CGUGACCUGAGUUUAGUUUCGGUUUUGUAUUUCCUUGAGUUGGGAUUUAGACAGAGAGGGUCAGCACAGCAAUGGCACUCACUCGGAUACAAACAAAGGCUUACAAGGUUUCUUUUUCAGUCUACUAUCCUUUGUUAUGUGCGUUUCUGUGAGGGUCUCCUGUGGUUUUACAGUGCGUUCCAUUAGCUGGAACGUUAUACUUCCGUGUGUUCACAAAGGAGUGAUUGUGAAUUAUUAUAUUUUUUAAUUUAAAGUCUCAAAACGAGGCUUUGAUGUAUUUUUUUGUUUACUCGUUACAGCCCAUGGCUAAACUAGAGGGUCUCGGGAAGAUUCAUCAUGUUACAGCCUCUCAGUCAAACAAAGUAAGUGUUAUUUUAGGCCCUGUUGUUUAUCUCAGUCCUCCGUAUGAUUUGGUGAUUAUAAACAGGUUGCUAAUCAGGCUUUCUACCAUCAUGAUUAAAACGGUUUUUGGGUUUUAUAUUUAAUCCGUGCUUUUAAUAAUCUGUUUACAUUUUAUUAGCCCUUUAAAGAUAUAAUUCAGUUAUAUAUUUUAUACUGAUCACAUUUAAAAAGCAAACAAACACUUUUUAACUUCCUGUGUUCCUUGCAAAGUAUUGGUUAUUUUGCAGUGAAGUGUAAACUAAUCAGGAAGUACUUGGGCUUUAAAGGGACACUAUAGUCAUCAGAACAACUACAGUUUAUAAGGAAACUAGUGCUAGGAAAACAAAGUUUAUUUUUUUUUUUCUUAGCACUAUAAUGCCCCCUCUAGAGCUACCCUCACCCACACAUGGUGCAAAAGAGGGUUAGAAAUGUACGCAUUUUCAUUCAUACAUACACAGAUAUAACACAUUGACACACACACACACACAACCUGACAUGUACGCAAACACACAAAUGCACACACUGACGCAUACAUGCACAGCCUGACAUACAUAUACAUACACAUAUAUACACACUGACAUACAGAAAAUCAACCAACCACUCACUGACACAUGCAUACACCCUGACACACAGAUACUGACAUAUAUACACAAACACUCAGAUACAUACAAAUAUCGUGACACAUAAAUGUAUAUUUUUUUUAUUUAUUUUUUUCACUAAACCUCCUGUUCACCUCCCUUUCUUUUCCAGGAGGGUGGUUUGCUUGGAGUCCUGACGAUGCUGCUGGUUGAGGGGAGCAGGAUCUGUCUGUGGCAGCUCCUGUCUCUUUCCCCCCGAUGCUGCCUGUGCCUUUUCAUCCAACGCCUCCUCCCUCACUGUGAUUGGUAAGUAGCUGGGAGGAAGUGAUAGGAUAUCACUUCCUCCCAGGUAGCAGACUAUCACAGGUGCCCAGUUAGGCUCUUAAAGGGCAGUGGUGUCCGAUCGAUCCCCUGUUAAUCAGUGAAGCAAUAUUACACAUCUGGUGGCUCAAAUUGCAUGGGCCACCAAAUGAGCUAUCUGAGCCGUCAGGCCCCGGUGCAACCGCAGCAGCUGCACCGACGUUGGUUCCACCACUGGCCUGGGUCACUGCACCCAGACCUCUUCAAUGACACCAACAAGGAUCAGCAUGCCCACCCCCAGUAGGUAAUAAGAGGGCGAUAGGGAAUAUAAUGUUUUUUUUAAUUUUAUUUUUAUCUUUAUUAUUAAGCCCCCAUCCUCACCUCCAUGCACACACUCCUCACUCUCUAUACCCCCUAUAAACAUGUAUACUUAACACUCCCUGUACACCCACUAUACCCAAACAUAGUUGUGUAUGUUGAAAAAAAAAAAAAUAAGACGAAAGUCCAUAAAGUUCAACCUGGAAGCCCAUUCUUUUAUGCUCUAGAUCCAAAAAAAGGCAACUAACCCACUACUUGUAGCUAUUUAUUUCUAAUUGUGGAAAAAAAAAAAGAGAAUCCCUCCUGACUUAGUAAUUGCAAUCAUUUCUCCUUGGAUCAACAACUUCUUUACACUACAUCACAUGUAUUACAGCAUUUACACAAACAUACAUUACUGCCCCUACAUGCACUUUCUACAGCCUACUUUACAUACAUGCAAUCCCUCAAGCAGUCUCCAAACACAUACAAAACCACACGCACAGCACUCUUUACCAGCCCUGCCCCACUUUUGUCCGCUGGCAUUCUGUUAUUGUUAUCCCUCUGUUCUUGACUGCAAGACCCUUUUCCUCCCCACCCCAUACUUUAUGUGGUUGUUUUAUCACAGAUCUUCUGAUGCAGCUCAGUCUUUGCAAGGCAUAUUCUCUGGGCAAUUGUAUGCCUCUUGAGUUUAGCUUCAUUGAUUUAAAGGGAUACUAUAGUGGCACUAUCGUUCCCCCUUCCCAGUAGAAAAAAAAUCGAUGAUGCCUCUCGGCGCUGGGUUGACGCUCCGUUCCUCCAACGUCCUGUGACGAGCGGCACUAAUGCGCAUGAGCGGCGAGGACUGCUGGCCCGUUAGACUUCCCUAUAGGAAAGCAUUGAAUCUGUGAUUUCUUAUAGGGAAACAUCUGAAGCUGAUGCAGAGCGUGAGGACAUCCAGCGUCAGAUACCGGACCAAAGGUCCUUUUCAAUCCAGGAAGUGCCUCCAGGGGCUAUCUGGGUGACUGCCGCUGGAGGCAGUCUUAGAGCUGCAAUGUAAACAUUGCAGUUUCUCUGGAACUGCAGUGUUUUACAUUGCAGCACUAAGUGCAAAAGGAACACUGCACCCAGACCAUUUCAAUGAGCUGAAGUGGUCUGGGUGCCUAUAGUGUCCCUUUAAACAAACCAGUAAGUAACAGAACCUGCUGUCUGAUUGAAAGCCAAUAAAAGUGUCAAUUUCUGUCAAAAUCUGUACUUCUUGUAAUAUGAGGAAGCACUCUGUACAGUCUAUCAAGCUAAAAUACUUUAGGGAUCCAGAGUGAUCCUUUAAUGGGAGUGGGGCACAACAGUCCUCGCCUCCCAGCCUCACUCAUGGGUGACGGUUGGGGAACAAGGGGAAAUAUAGAAGGGCGGAGAAGUUUUGAAGACAAUUGGAAGAAGGUGGCCAUAAUAUUGCCUCCCCCACACACCAAACAGUGUUUGUAAGUUCUCCCUUUUCCCCUUGCCCCUAAUCAGCCCAAACUGUAGUGGUUCUGGUGACUAUACUGUCUGUUUUAAGUUUAAACACCAUCAACUCAAAACAAGCACAUAGAAAUGGGAAACUUUGAGAACAGUAGACGCAGUGGUCAGUCAAAGAAACUUCUUGCGCCAGAUGAGACACAUUUGUUUAUGUCCCUUUGAUAUUGGAAUAUGUCCAGCAGUGCAUCAGCUCAGAAUUGGCCAAAAAAAACUGUGGAGUCCUGGUAUACCUGUGUGCUGUCCAGAGAAGUCUGUUCAGAAGUGGUCUUCAUGGAAGGCUUGCUUCCAAAAAGCCAUACUGCUGAUGUAUGAGGAGAUAUGCAUAGCUGAGGCCAAGCGAUUCAGCUAUGCACAAAAACAAAUAAACAGGGAAAAAUGACGACAGGUGUGCUGGACUGAUGAAUCAAAGUAAUGUUUGACGGCAGCAGAAUUCAAUGUGUUUUUGCUAAGUGGCAGGAGAGUGGUACAAGUACGAAGAUCUACAGGCAAUGUUUGUGACUGCAUUCAAGCAAAUAUAGUUGAGGAUUUCGUCAGGAAUGAAUGGUUUCCUCAAAGUACAGGCAGAUACUUAUCCAUCAUGCAAUACCAUCAGUGAAUCAUCUUAUUAGCCACAAAAAACCCUUGAGGGCUUUAUUACAUCAAUAACGGUGUUAGACAAUUUCUAUAACUAAAUUGUGGUUUUUAUGUGGUUCAUCACCCUUGCAAUGCAUAUCCCUUAUUUACAUUUUAUAAUGAUGUUACUAUGUAACAUGAAAUGUUUAAGACCUGGUCCUGUGAAUUGAACCUUUUUUCUGUCUCUUGUACAGAUCAAUGAUGUCAAAGGGGAUCUUUUCAGCUGUCCUUCUACAGACUCCCUUGCCCACUGUAUCAGUGCUGACUGUCGUAUGGGAGCUGGGAUUGCUUUGCAGUUUAAGAAAAGAUUCAAAAGAGUUGAAGAACUGAAAAGUCAAAGUAAGUCUUUUUCCAGGAGAGGGGCACAGUGCUGCUUGCUGGAGGUAUUAGUUGUACAUAAAUCUGGUAUUUUCCAUGUCUUAUUGUCAAGUUAAAG